AGGCGAGGCUGGUUGGCUCGCAGUGUUGAUAGCUAUCGCAUAUGUGCGCUGUGUAUAACUUGAUUGAAAAAAGCAGAACGUUUAUUUGUUUGCCAUUACAGUAGAUGUAUUGAAAAACGGCAACAAAGUAUCGAAGCAAAGUAGGUGUAUUUUAAAAUGCCCGAAAAUAUGGAGUGCAUAGUUUUGGACGACGACAAUGCUGGCAGUGUUGAAUCAAUUGAUGUAGAAAGUGACCCCCUAGCGACAAAUAAUGGAACAGGGGAGAAAAAAGGAACGAGAAAUUUUGAGAAACGUUUGAUAAGACAAGUGCGACAACAUCGCAUUCUCUAUGAUAAUAGGCACAAGUCAUUCUCGAACAUCGACAAAAAGGAGAUCGUUUGGCAGGAAAUUGGCAAAACGUUAAAAUCGGACGUUGAAACAUGCAAAUCGACAUGGAUCGAUUUGCGCUACAAAUACCAAUGCUUUGUGAGGCGUUUACGUAAAUACUAUAUCAGCAAAACGAAGAAGAAGAGCUCCAGACCCUCUAUGAAUCUGGAAUCGGAACUAGUUUUUCUAUUCCGAUUUAUGGAUAUUAGAAAAUCCUGCUCCAUUCCUUAUGAUAUCAUCGAACCGGAAUCAGAUGUAAUGGAAAUAGCAUCGGAAGCAGUCGAUCCUCCCGAUCUUCCCGCCACUCAGCCAAUUAGUGUGGAUGAUGACUUGAUCUUGGUUGAACAACCCGUCGAAUUGAUUGUUAUCGAUGAAGACGAUGAUGCCAAGCACGCGGACAACGUAUUUAAAGUAACGAAAGAAAUGCGAGUUCUAGUAGCACAGAUUAAGAAAUAUCCUGAGCUGUAUGACAGCUCAAGGACAGACUUUGCGGAUUAUUCACGAAAGAGUUACGUCUGGAAUUCUAUAGCCAUAUCUAUAGGCGAUAAAGCCACCAAAUUAAUGAAAUGUUGGAUUUUAAUGACUACUCGAUUUGAAUGGGAAAUUUCAAGAAACAACCAAAAUUCCGAUGUUGCAAAAUAUCAAACGGAAUUGCAAAAAGAAUUGGAAUUCUUUGAACCUUACAUUUUGGCUAACCCUAACACUGUCUACAAAAAUUCUUUCUACUUGAAGAAAUCAUGGUGCGAACCAAUCGAUUACUUUAAAGAAAUCUACAAUUUAAUUGUUCGAAUGAAAAAGUUGCCGGAUGUUGUCUUCGUAACAGAUUCACUAUUGACGAACUCCGAAAAAACUAAGCAGUUUUUCUCAUUGUGGGCUGAUAUUUCUAAAAUGAAAGGCAAUGCGGCUGGUGAAUGUGAAACGACGUGGUUAAUAAUGCGUUCCUUCUAUUGGGAACUCAUGAAUAUGCGAAAACAGAACUACCAAUUAACCGAUAAAUGGUAUUUCGAAACAAUUAUCACUGAACUUUAUGAAUUGGCGAAACAAUCACCGGCAGCUAAGCAAGUUGGGAAGCAAACUACAGAGGUGCAAAACGGCAAUACAGCUACAAAAUCCAAAUUUCAGUACUUGAAUAAAACAAACACCAAUGUUGGUAAUACGAAUGGUAAUGGCACAGCUUCCGCAAAGGCCAUGUCAACAAAUGUCCCAACUACUCAACAAUCUGUGCCUGGGCCCUUACCAAAAAUAACUUCGGCUAUAAGUUUGGCCCCUCAGGUUCUAGCGCCUCUCGGUGGGAGUGGCUCACUGCAAAUCAGACCCAUAGGAGGCAUGAAUUCAAAUCUAGUGAUAUCACCACCAAAACCUGCUUCAGUAUUGAAUCAAAGUCUAAUCACGCCAACAGCACAAGCAACAUCAACAUCGACAACAACAACAAUUCAAUUGCCAUAUGCUUUACCCCAUCAAACCCAAUUAUCUGCUGUUUCAAAGCCAUCAAACGCGAAAGCUAAUUGUACCGGAUCUAGUGUCCAAACAAAUGUAAAGUCAGCAGUGAAUGCAACAGCGGGUAUCUCAAAUAAUCAGUCAAAAAUUACCAUAGGUAAAGCACCAGCAGCCCCAAAAGUUGACUUGUCCCCUAUGGUGUGUAUAAAUACAGCAAUUAAGUCGACCACAAUAGGGUCCAUGAAUUCUGCAGCACUGCUUACUUCAUCAUCAUCAGAAUCUAAAAAACCCUCUUCCAAGACAGAUGCCACGCAAAUAGCUUCUUCUACGAUCACAUCGAGUGGACAGCCAGUACCGCCAGCUGUCUCUUCUCUGCCAAAAAUUAGUGGUGCUAUGUCUUUGCUUAAUCCCAAUGAGAUAUUGAUAGAGCUGAUAGCCUCACAAUCUGGAAAUCAUCUUGUUGUCCAUGGUCCCCCGCUUAGUGAAAAAUAUCAUUUGUCUAUGGACACUGUUGCAAAGUUCAUACGGGAAGCAAUGGCCAUACCAUUGUUGCAUAAUAAGCGGCACAAUCAACCAAAUCUUAUUAAUAGUUAUUGGGAGCAUAUUUCCACAAAAUUUAAAUUGCCACCUCAUAUCUGCCGAGCGUGUUGGAAUUUCUUAGUGGAGAAUUUUAAUCACUUCCCCCAAAUUGCACCAUUAAAGGAGCUUAUGAAACCAUUCAGUACAUCAUUAAAAGUUUGGACAGUAUCGUAUAACUUGUUCAAUGUUUUUGACAAAAAUGCAGAAUCAAGCGGAUGGUUGAAUUUUAUGCCUCGAUUGCCGGAGGUGGUAGAAUGCAUCGGAAGCUAUCCAGUCCUCUACAGAGACGUGGCAAUCAAUGCCAAGGAUACACCCGCGACUUCGGAAAUGGAAGCUUUAUGUGUUUGGAGAACUAUUAGUUUACGAUUUCCAAAAAUAAAUGACAUCAGCACAAUAUGGACUGCUUUUAAGAACGUCUUUUGCCAAUAUAUGUCAGAUAUUGAAUUUGGCAUAGACAAUAAGUGGCAUAUCAAUUGGUGGAGGGUCUUGGCCAAAAUGAAAUUUCUCGUGGAGACACGCUAUUCCACGAAUGAACCCUACUAUUAUAUAGUAAGCAAUAAAAUGAUGGAGGAAAUCGAUCGUUGUGCCACCAUAGAAAUGAAUAAUCGCUAUGGCACCAAUGACUCUAGUAAAAAAGAUCAGAAGCCCUGUACAUCCAAGAGUUAUCUUGCAAAUAUCCAAGUAAAUGCUACACCUAAGCAAAAUGUUGAAAUGGUAACAUUGUUGAUGGCCGUUGAAAAGUAUCCACAUAUCUAUGAGAAGGGCGACUGCAUGCAAAAACUGGAAGCAUGGAAAAAUGUUUCAAGGGAACUUAAUAUGGACGUAAGUGAUUGCUUAUUAGAAUUUCGCCGUGCUUGCCGAAAAUACUGCGCCUUUAAGAGACAGGAUUCUCUCAGUCGUUGUCACCUCAAUCAAAAGUAUUACAAGCGCUUCGAAAAUAUUUUGCGCAAUGUCAAGACUGUAAACCGCCGCAGGCUGAAUAUAAAAACUCCAUUCGAAUUGAAUCAUGGGUCCGUGGAUGAUGAGAAACCUGCCAAUUCAUCAACUGAAUUUGUUUUCCCUGAACGUUUCAUAAGUGAUAUUAACAUGUCCAACUGCGAUAGUGAUUUGGCAGUAAAAAAUUGGGUUUAUGCUCUUGGCAAUCUGCCCGCUCAGAGUGAGGUCCUUCAAUCAAAGUUAAAGGUUAUUCUAAGAAAGCACUUACCUCCCAAUAAAUCAAAAGCAAAGUGAAGAGAAUACUUAGUGUUCAUGCUUCGCUUUAUGUUUGUUUCUUUUCUUUUCAUUUAUUUUGUGUAGUAUUUAUGUAGUAGCAUUAGCCUCGAAUAAUGUAAGCAAUGUUUUAAGCCAUCUUUUGUUAUAGCAUUUAAGCUUAGACCUCUACGAUUUUAAUUAAAUAAAUUCAAAUUUGAUAAA